CUUUUCCGGGAUUUCCCUUUGGAGUGUCCCCAGAUCUGCUGGAGGUGAACAGGAGAGUCUGGAGAUGGGAAAAGGCUCCUGGGAGCUGGAAUUUCCUUUGGAUCCUGGGGAAAUCUGGGAUGCUGGGAAGUGCUGAUGGAUUUCAUGGAGUGUGGGGGAUUGGAGGAAUUUUGGAGGGCUGGGGAAGGAGGGAAUGGGAGAUGAUCCCUGCUCAGGUUUUCUGGGAAAAUGGAAUCCCCAGGGAUGCUCCCAUGGGCCCCAUGAUUAUCCCAGGAACUGGGCUCAGUAGCUCCGUGGAAAUUUGGGAUUCCAUGGAAUGCAGCUGAUCCCUGCAGAUCCAACUUUGGGAUGCUCCAUGCUGGGAGCUUCUGGAACGAGGCUGGGAGAUCCCAAAAAGGGAUUGUUGGGAUUUAGGGAUCGCUCCGGAACCAUGGGAGCGGCGGCGGACGCGGAGUGGCUGCGCUGGGUGAGCAAAAAAUUCGGGAAUGUCGCUGGAAAGGAGAAGGAAAUCAGCCUGGAAGAGUUCAAAUCCGCCCUGCAGGUCAAGGAGUCCUUCUUUGCUGAGAGGUUUUUCGCGCUCUUCGAUUCCGACGGGAGCGGCUCCCUGAGCCGGGAGGAGCUGCUGGGAUCCCUGCGCCGGCUGCUCCGCGGGAAUUCCACGGAAAAGCUCCGCUUCCUCUUCCAGGUGUACGAUGUGGACGGGAGCGGCUCCAUCGACGCCGAGGAGCUGCGGGUGGUGCUCCGGGGGUGUCUCCGGGAGAGCUCCCUGGCCCUUCCCGAGGAGCGCCUCGGGGCCCUGAGCCAGGCCCUGCUCCAGGCCCUGGACCGGGAUCACAGCGGCUCCAUCACCUUCCCGGAGCUCCAGGAGCAGCUGGAGGCGUUCCCGGAACUCCUGGAGAACCUGAGCAUCAGUGCCGCCAGCUGGCUGAAGCCCCCCAGUGCCAGCCCUGCUGAGCCCUGGCUGUGCUGCUGCUCCCGGGAAUCCCGCGGGGACCAGCGGGCCGGGAUGUGCUGCUGCUCCCGGGAAUCCUGCGGGGAUCAGCGGGCCGGGAUGUGCUGCUGCUCCCGGGAAUCCCGCGGGGACCAGCGGGCCGGGAUGUGCUGCUGUUCCCGGGAAUCCCGCGGGGACCAGCGGGCCGGGAUGUGCUGCUGCUCCCGGGAAUCCCGCGGGGACCAGCGGGCCGGGAUGUGCUGCUGCUCCCGGGAAUCCCGCGGGGACCAGCGGGCCGGGAUGUGCUGCCUGGCGGGCUGGCUCGCCACCUCGGCGCUGCUGCUCGCCCUGGGCGCUCUGUGGCACCGGGAGCGCGGCCCCGCCCUGGCGCUGGCCCGGGGCUGCGGGCAGAGCCUCAACCUCAACUGCGCCCUGCUGGCCGCGCUGAUGCUGCGGCGCUCUCUGACCUGGCUGCGCUCCUCGCCGCUGGCCGAGCUGUUCCCGCUGGAGCGGCACGUGCGGGGCCACGAGCGCGUGGGACACCUGGUGCUGGCCCUGGGGACCGCGCACGCGGGGGCACACCUGGCACACGCGGGGCUGGCGCAGCGGGACUGGCUGGCGGCGCUGGGCGAGCUGGCGCGGCCGGGCGCUGGUGGCGUUGGUGGCACUGCCCCGCAGAGCGGGCUGGCGCUGCUGGCGCUGCUCCUGGCCAUGCUGGCCUGCUCCAGCCCCUGCGUGCGGCGCGGCGGCCACUUCGAGGUUUUUUACUGGAGCCACCUCUCCUACAUCCCCGUGUGGAUCCUGCUGCUCCUGCACGCUCCCCACUUCUGGAAGUGGUUCCUGAUUCCCGGCUCCCUGUUUGUGCUGGAGAAGGUUCUGGGCUGGGCGUGGCGCCGGGCGGGGGAUCUGCACAUCCUGGAGGCCAAGCUGCUGCCCUCCAAGGUGACCCACCUGGUGAUCCAGAGGCCGAAAUCCUUCCGCUUCCAGCCGGGGGAUUACGUCUACCUGAACAUCCCGGCCAUCGCCGCCUGCGAGUGGCACCCCUUCUCCAUCAGCAGCGCUCCGGAGCAGCCAGAAACCCUGUGGCUGCACAUCCGGGCGCGGGGCCAAUGGACCACCAAGCUCUACGAGUACUUCCAGCAGCUGGAAUUGCACGGCCCGGAGCCAAAUCUGCCCAGGAAAAGCCGGAGGGAGCGGAGGAGCCGGCACUGGGAACAGGAAGGAUCCGUGGCAUCUGGAGGGGACGGAGCCGUGGAGCUGACGGCGUUCCAAACCUCUGGAGCUGCUUUCCCAGGAAAGGACCCGGAGCAGGGGGGCACUGGGCCCGGGGAGACCCAGCGGAGCUGCAGCGUCAAGUGCUUCCUGGACGGUCCCUACGGAACGCCGAGCCGGCGGAUCUUCAGCUCGGAGCACGCCGUCCUCAUCGGAGCCGGCAUCGGGAUCACGCCCUUGGCCUCCAUCCUGCAGAGCAUCAUGAUCCGGUACCGGCGGCGGAAGCAGAGCUGCCCCAGCUGCCAUUUCUCCUGGAGUGAGGAACGGCGGGAUGAGGAGAUGACGCUCCGGAAGGUGGAUUUCAUCUGGAUCAUGCAGGACCAGCAGCACCUGCAGUGGUUCCUGGGGCUCCUGGCCAAGCUGGAGACGGAGCAGGCGGAGCUGGAGCCGGGAGGUGAGCGGGAGCACCCAGGCCAUUCCUGGGAAAACCCCUGGAUCCCGGAUCCCGGCGGGCAGCUGGAAUCCCUGGCAUCUCCAGGGAAGUUCCUGGAGCUGCACCUGUACAUGACGUCGGCGCUGGGCAAGGGCGACGUGAAGGCGCUGGGGCUGCAGCUGGCCCUGGACCUGCUGGCGGCCCGGGAGCAGCGGGAUUCCAUCUCCGGGCUCCGCAGCCGCACCCGGCCCGGCCGCCCCGACUGGGCCAAGGUGUUCGGGCAGGUGGCGGCGGAGCGGCGCGGGAAGGUGCGCGUGUUCUUCUGCGGCUCGGCGGGGCUGGCCAAGGUCAUCCGCGGGCACUGCCGCACCUUCGGCUUCCGCUUCUCCAAGGAAAACUUCUGAGGGGAGCCCAUCCCGCGGCAUUCCGGCCGGGAUCCGCUGGGGCGCCAGCGGGGGAUGGACAACGCUUCCUUCGCAUCCGGGGAAUAAAGCAGGAAAAGAUGGGAAAGCUCCCUUUGGAUCUUGA